AGCACUCACUCCACUCUGCUUUCUCUUUCAAUGUCUUCCUUCGUCUCCAAACAUCUUCUUCUACUGUUUUUCUUCUUCAUUUUCUCCAAUUUUCUUCCGGAGCUUCAUGCAGUUUCCACGGUGAAAACUUAUAUCUUUCGCGUCGACUCCGAAUCGAAGCCGUCCAUCUUCCCCACAAGCUACCACUGGUAUGGCUCCGAGUUCGCCGACCCGCUUCGGAUCCUCCACGUGUACGACACCGUUUUCCAUGGCUUCUCUGCGACACUAACUCCGGAGGAGGCCGACGCUCUCAGCAACCAUCCUGCGGUCCUCGCGGUCUUCGAGGACCACCGUCGUGAGCUCCACACGACACGUUCCCCGCAGUUCCUGGGGCUCCGCAACCAGCGCGGUCUCUGGUCUGAGUCCGACUAUGGAUCUGAUGUGAUCAUCGGCGUGUUCGACACUGGAGUCUGGCCCGAGCACCGAAGCUUUUCGGACCUCAACCUUGGGCCGGUACCUGCCCGAUGGAAGGGCACUUGCGAAAGUGGAGUGAGAUUCACUCCAAAGAAUUGCAACCGGAAGCUAAUCGGCGCCAGAUUCUUCUCCAAAGGCCAACAAGCUGGGGGUUCGAUGGGUCCCAUUGGUGCAAUCAAUGACACGGUUGAGUUUCGGUCUCCUCGAGAUGCUGACGGUCACGGGACUCAUACCGCCUCUACCGCCGCCGGCAGGUACGCCUUCAAGGCCAGCAUGUCCGGGUACGCCUCCGGGAUCGCGAAAGGCGUGGCGCCAAAGGCGCGACUAGCGGCGUACAAGGUGUGCUGGAAGGGUGCUGGCUGUUUCGACUCUGACAUUCUAGCCGCCUUUGACACCGCCGUUUCCGACGGCGUUGACGUCAUCUCGAUAUCCAUAGGAGGCGGUGAUGGCGUAUCAUCGCCGUACUAUCUGGAUCCAAUUGCAAUCGGUGCGUACGGCGCCGUUUCGAAGGGGGUAUUCGUGUCUUCUUCAGCUGGCAACGAUGGGCCUAAUGCUAUGUCGGUGACAAACCUCGCCCCAUGGCUCGUGACAGUUGGUGCUGGGACCAUCGACCGUAAUUUCCCUGCAACCGUUAUCCUAGCAGACGGACGGAAGAUCUCCGGUGUGUCCUUGUACGCCGGCGCGCCACUGAAUGGAAAAAUGUUCCCUAUUGUUUAUCCUGGUAGAACAGGGGCGCUCUCUGCUUCUCUUUGCAUGGAGCAUUCACUUGAUCCUAACAUAGUUCGAGGUAAAAUCGUAAUAUGUGAUCGGGGGAGUAGCCCCAGAGUGGCCAAAGGUUUGGUGGUGAAGAAAGCUGGUGGUGUAGGGAUGAUUCUCGCCAAUGGAAUUUCCAACGGGGAAGGGUUGGUGGGUGACGCUCAUCUGAUCCCCGCCUGUGCAGUCGGGUCCGAGGAAGGAGACGCACUGAAAGCCUAUGCUUCAUCCAGUAAAAACCCAACAGCCACCAUCAAUUUCGUAGGAACCGUCCUGGGAAUCAAGCCAGCGCCGGUCAUCGCUUCAUUUUCCGGUAGAGGACCAAACGGAUUGAACCCUGAGAUUCUAAAACCCGACUUGAUUGCCCCUGGUGUCAACAUUCUGGCUGCUUGGACGGAGGCGGUUGGGCCAACUGGAUUGGAUUCUGAUAUGCGUAGAACAGAAUUUAACAUUCUCUCAGGUACUUCAAUGGCUUGUCCUCAUGUUAGUGGCGCGGCAGCUUUGCUCAAAUCAGCGUACCCUGAUUGGAGCCCAGCGGCUAUACGAUCCGCAAUGAUGACCACUGCAAAUGUUGUGGACAACCGGAAUCAAUCCAUGAUCGACGAAUCCACCGGAAAGUCAUCAACCCCGUACGAUUUUGGUGCCGGGCAUCUCAAUCUCGGAAGAGCAAUGGAUCCAGGACUCGUCUACGACAUCACCAGCAACGACUACGUCAACUUUCUAUGCGCAAUCGGUUACGGCCCAAAGUUAAUUCAGGUGAUCAGUCGAUCACCCGUCAGCUGUCCUUGGAAAAAACCACUCCCCGAGAACCUCAACUACCCAUCAUUGGCGGCAUUGUUCUCAACCUCCUCAAAGGGACCAAAAAGCAAGAGGUUCUUCAGGACAGUGACUAACGUGGGUCCAUCCAACGCCGUUUACCGUGCAACCAUCGAGUCGCCCAGGGGAGUAAUAAUAACAGUAAAGCCGGCGAAGCUAGUUUUCGCGCCGACGGUGAGGAAACAGAGCUUCAUGGUGACAGUAACGACGAACACGAAGAACAUAGCGCUGGGACAAUCGGGUGCUCUGUUCGGGUCAAUAAGUUGGUCCGAUGGGAAACAUGUGGUUCGGAGCUCCAUUAUGAUAACCGAAAUAGAUCCGUUGUAAGCUCGAAAGUAGAAGUUGGAUCAUGUCGUUUUGAUCGACGAUGAAACAGGUGUUUGGAUAUUGGGUUUUAGUGUGACAAGUUUAAUUUGAAAAAGGAAAAAAAAAUAUAUAUAUAUAUAGUUAAAGAGUGAGUAAUUUAUUAGCAGGCAUAGUUUGCUUAACUUAAGCUGGUUUUUUUUUUUGAAGCUCUCUUCUUUCUGUCAUCGUCUUUUUGUUAUGUGUUUAUAAAGUGGAGAGAAGUUUAUAUAUAAACCCAAUGCAGUUUACGAGA